UUAUACAACUGAAGGAUUUUGCAUUCGACAGUUAAAAGAGAAGUUAAUCAUUUGGUAAGAUGAUUGAGCUGGAAAACAAUCAUGUAGUAAAGGAUGGCACUGUUGAUGUUCAUGGUAAUCCAGCUGACAAGACGAAAACUGGAAACUGGAAGGCCUGCUUUUUCAUCCUGGGGAAUGAAUGUUGUGAAAGACUGGCAUACUAUGGAAUGAGUACCAAUCUUGUCAACUAUUUCAUCCAACGUUUGCAUCAAGGGAAUGCCACUGCAGCAAAGAAUGUCAGUAACUGGUCUGGGACUUGCUAUGUCCUACCUCUUCUUGGUGCCUUUUUAGCUGAUUCCUACUGGGGAAGAUAUUGGGUUAUUGCCAUUUUUUCAAUGAUUUAUGUUUUUGUAAGUUUCUUUCACUUCCCCAUCUUUGAUCAUUGUAAUUCAGCAGUGGCUGCAUUUGUAGCUAUAUAUUUGAUUGCUCUCGGAACUGGUGGAAUCAAGCCAUGUGUUUCCGCCUUUGGUGCAGAUCAAUUCGAUGAAACUGACGACAAAGAAAGGGAAAAGAAAAGUUCGUUUUUCAACUGGUUUUACUUCUCAAUCAAUGUGGGUGCUCUUAUUGCUUCUUCGGUUUUGGUUUGGAUCCAAACUAAUGUUGGUUGGGGAUGGGGUUUUGGCAUUCCGACUGUUACUAUGGCUCUUGCUGUUGUGUCCUUUUUCUCGGGUUCCCAUCUUUAUCGACGACAAAAGCCUGGUGGUAGCCCUCUCGCUAGGAUUGCUCAGGUACUAGUUGCAUCCUUCAGAAAAUUUAAUGUCAAAGUUCCGGAUGAUGAGGGUAUACUGUAUGAGACAGCCGAGGAAGAAUCUUAUAUUCAAGGAAGUCGUAAGCUUGAGCAUACUAAUAAUCUUAGGUGCUUCGACAAAGCUGCAAUACCAACCGAAGAUGAUGACAUGAAGGGAACUCCGAACCCAUGGAGACUUUGCACUGUUACCCAAGUUGAAGAACUGAAAUCUAUCAUUAGAAUACUUCCCAUUUGGGCUACAGGAAUCAUCUUUUCAGCAGUCUACAGUCAAAUGAGCACCAUGUUUGUACUACAAGGAAAUACCAUGGACCAACACAUAGGCCCGAAAUUCCGGAUCCCAUCAGCAUCACUCUCAUUAUUCGACACUCUGAGUGUCAUCUUCUGGGUCCCUGUGUACGACAAACUAAUCGUACCAUAUGCUAGAAAGUUCACAGGAAAUGAACGCGGGUUUACUCCACUUCAAAGAAUAGGAAUCGGGCUAGUAAUAUCCGUGUUUUCAAUGGUUGUUGCAGGAAUAUUGGAGGUUGUUAGGCUCGAUUUGGUAAGGAAAAACGAUUACUAUGAUAUGAAAACGCUUCCUAUCUCGAUCUUCUGGCAAGUCCUGCAGUAUUUCCUGAUCGGUUGUGCAGAAGUUUUCACAUUUAUAGGUCAAUUUGAGUUCUUUUAUGGACAAGCACCCGAUGCAAUGAGAAGUUUAUGUUCGGCUCUUUCUCUUACAACGAAUGCGUUAGGGAACUACCUUAGUUCGUUGCUCGUCGUAAUUGUGAGUAAUGUGACUACCAGAAAUGGGAAGUUGGGGUGGAUUCCUGAUAAUCUUAAUAGAGGUCAUAUUGAUUAUUUUUACUGGGUUUUGGCUAUACUUAGUGUUGUUAAUUUCUUUGUUUAUUUGUGGAUUUCAAGCUGGUACAAGUAUAAGGUCACUGGAAUUGAAAAUUAAACCCUUUCAAGUUUCAACUGCUUGUAUAUACUAAAAGUAUUAGUU